GAGGCAGUUGGAGUCCUGUCAGCUAUUGGGGUGUUUAUAAUCCUGAUGCUGCUCCUUUUUCUCUAUAUUAACAAGAAGUUGUGUUUUGAAAAUGUUGGUGGCUUUCCAGAUCUUGGUUCAGGAUACAGUACAAGGGAGAAUUCACAAGAUAAAAUUUAUAAUACAUACAUGGAUAAAGAUCAGCAUGGUUCAUCCUCUGAAAGUGAAGAUGAAGCACUGGGUAAAUACCAUGAAGCAUUGUCCAGGACACACAAUUCCAGGCUGUCAAUAGCAGGUGGAAGACAAAAGAAUUAUGUUUGGGAGACCAGACAAAAAUAUAGUCCUCUGUCUGCAGAGUAUGAUGGAUAUAGUAGUGAAGCAUCAAUAGAUGAAGCAAACUGCAUUCAAAGAAUGAGAAGAACACCUCCACUGGAUGAAUUGCAGCCACCGCCAUAUCAGGAUGACAGUGGCUCUCCACACCUCUCAUGCACACCUUCAGAAAUGGGUGACAGGAAAUGUGAAUUUUCUCACUGUAGCAACAGUCCAAGAUGUUCAUACACUAAAUGCCCAAGCGAAGGAAGUACAGGACAUGAAAUAGAAAGUUUUCAUAAUAAAGGCUAUGAAGAGGAUGUGCCCAGUGACAGUACUGCUGUUCUUAGCCCAGAAGAUGUGUCAGCUCAAGGAUCAGCUUCACAGCUUCCUAAACCUUUUGAUCCUGAGCCAGAAGCUAAAUAUGGCACCCUGGAUGUGACUUUUGACUAUGACUCACAAGAACAGAAGCUCCUAGUAACAGUGACAGCUGUCACAGACAUCCCAAUGUAUAACAGGACCGGCAACAACUGCUGGCAAGUGCACCUUGUUCUUCUGCCCAUAAAGAAACAGAGAGCCAAGACGAGCGUCCAGCGAGGGCCAUGCCCUGUCUUCACAGAAACGUUCAAGUUUAACCAUGUCGAAUCUGAGAUGAUUGGAAAUUAUGCAGUUCGGUUUAGACUGUAUGGUGUACGUCGCAUGAAAAAAGAAAAGAUUGUGGGGGAAAAAAUUUUUUAUUUAACAAAAUUGAAUCUUCAAGGGAAGAUGUCAUUACCUGUGAUUCUGGAACCUUCUUACAACCACUCAGGCUGUGGUUCCCAGAUGAGCAUGUCAGAAAUGUCCUGUAGUGAAAGUACGUCCUCUUGUCAGUCUCUAGAACAUGGCUCAACUCCAGAAAUCCUCAUUGGCCUGCUUUAUAAUGCCACAACUGGCAGAUUAUCAGCAGAAGUGAUAAAAGGCAGCCACUUCAAAAACUUGGCAGCAAACAGACCACCCAAUGGACUGUUCUGUUGUCUAAAACACUUGAUAGGUGGACAGGUUUAUAUAAUCCGAGAUACAUAUGUUAAGUUGACUCUUCUGAAUUCCAUGGGUCAAGAGAUGUCCAAAUGCAAGACAUCUAUCCGCAGAGGACAACCAAAUCCCAUAUACAAGGAAACCUUUGUUUUUCAAGUGGCACUGUUUCAGCUUUCAGAUGUGACCCUUAUACUAUCCGUGUAUAACAAACGCAGCAUGAAACGGAAAGAGAUGAUAGGCUGGAUUUCUCUAGGUCUCAACAGCUCAGGAGAAGAGGAACUCAAUCACUGGACUGAAAUGAAGGAAUCCAAAGGACAGCAAGUAUGUAGAUGGCACUCAUUAUUAGAGACAUAA